UUCAUGAUCAUUAUGAAUAGACCACUACUAUCCACUUACUUCUGUUGUUCUCAGAGAUAGAAGUCAGCUAGUAGUGGUGAUGGCUCCCACCAUUAAGAUUCUUCUCGGGAGUGAUCGUGUCAGCAGUGACUGAUUCUGGCGGCCUUGAGCGGGAGCCCUGGGUCGCAGCAAACGCCAACCUUGCGAAGAUCUACGACCCCUUGACAGAUGUGGCUAGCGCCACAAAGGCAUGGCAGUGUCAGCAAGAAACAUCGAUCCAAUCAUUUGGUAACUGCUGUCGCUGAGGAGGCUAAGCUGAGAGGGUGUAUAUAAUCCACUCAGUGCACAUGAUUCGGGGAUGCUACGGCUUAACUCUGUUGCAUUACCAAGUCCACAAUGAUUAUCGAAGCCAAUGCUCAUCUUAUCGGCUUGUACAUACUCCUGCCGAUGUACGGGCUCUACAUCGCAACUCUUGUAGAAUGUAUAGGCGUGCUUCGUCGGAGAUACAAUGAAGGAAUUCGUUCGAUGUGGCUCCCGGUAGCAACGCUCCUGAUAUUCAUUAUUACAAACUUGGAUGUCUUUUUUGCAACAGUUCGCUCUUAUGAUGCUUUCUCUAUCAAGAGAGAUUCGGACCAAACAGCGGAAGAGUUCUACGCCGUCAUAGCUUCGCCCACAUCAGUGACGAAAAACGUCUGCUUCGUUAUGCAAACUCUUGUUGCCGAUGCUAUCAUGAUAUACCGGACAGCCCUGGUAUGGAACUAUGACUGGCGAGUUCUGGCCGUUCCCAUCGCACUUCUAUGUGCCGAUUUCGCUACUGGUGUAUUCGGUAUGAACACGCUUGCUCACUCCGGGUUCACUACAACCUCCGCCGCUGCCCUUGUCACUCUGCGCAUCAAAUAUUUCUUCGUAGUGACCCUGGUCCUCAACAUUCUAUGUGCUCUUUUGAUCGCCUGGAAGGUAUGGCUGAUUCAGACAUCCCUCGCGGGUGCACGUAUAUUCGGAAGUAGGCGAUUAUGGCGAAUGGUUGAAAUCAUCAUAGAAUCUGCCGCGAUAUACUGUGCUUGUCUAGUCGCGCUAAUCAUUCUGGCUUCUACGAACUCAGGGGCGUACUUUAUCGCCCUCGAUCCUACGCCCUCGAUCAUGGCAGUCGUCUUCACAUUUGUCAUUAUCCGCGCCUCCAAGACUCAGACAUCUCCGAGCAUGGCCUCGACCACGGCAAGGACAACAACUGGCAGUUUGAAUUUCUUGCGCACCUUUGGAGGCACGCCAAGGUCUCAGGAGCAUGUAGGCGUCGAAGUACACCUUGAAGAGGUCAUCUACAAACAUGACGCAGAUGAAAGUAGAGGUGAAAUUAAUUCCUCCGGUACUAUUAUGUGUAUUUAUGUGUACAAUGUAGCCAUCUGUAUCAAGCUUACCACGUCUUACCGUAAAAUUCAAACUUCCCUUGGAGCAAACAGCAUACCUUAGCUC